ACUUGGGCACAAAAAAACUUAAAAAAAAAAAAAAAAAAGCCAUCGAGUCCCACGAUGAGAUAAACCUACCAGGCGAGAAAGGAUCCACACAUUUCCAACAUCCAUGGCAGCCCUGCGUUAUCUGGUAAUAUAAAUAAAUAAAUAAAAAGAGAAGGCAGCCCUGCGUUUGGCAUUCACCUUGUUCCACAGGCUAUAAAGUCCCCCGAAUCUCUCUCCGCUGCCCACUAGAUUUGCGUUGGGGUUUUCUCUGGCCAUUUGCUUCCUUUCGCCAAACUGGGUUUGUGUUGGUUUGAUCUGAGUGACCCAUUUGGGCUUUGAAACUGUUCUUCAUCUGGGUCAGUUGGAUUUUCAGCUUUUGGGCUGAUUUGGAUCCGGGUUUUGAUUCUUUUGGUGGGGUUUUUUUUUUGGACUGGUGUUGAUUUGUGAGAUUUGUGGUGUUCUGUCAAUGGGCGCUUUGGAUGAGGGGCAUUUCGACGAGGAGCUGGAAAAUGGAAUGAAACUGGAUUAUGUUGAUUUGGGUGUUGAGGAGGAAGCUGAGACUAUAGGAAUUGAGGAUGCUGUGAAAGUUUUGUUGCAGGGUUUGGGGGAGGAUAUCAAUAGAGAAGGUCUCAGGAAGACGCCGCUUCGUGUCGCCAAAGCUUUUCGAGAAGGAACGAGAGGAUACAGACAAAAGGUGAAGGACAUUGUCCAAGGUGCUUUGUUCCCAGAAGCUGGUUUGGAUGGUCAUGUAGGUCAUGCAGGAGGAGCUGGGGGGCUUGUCAUAGUGCGGGAUCUUGAUAUAUUCUCAUAUUGUGAGUCUUGCUUGCUUCCAUUCCAAGUUAAGUGUCAUGUGGGUUACAUUCCAUCUGGGCAGCAGGUUCUUGGCCUGAGCAAGCUUUCCCGAGUUGCUGAUAUUUUUGCAAAAAGGCUUCAAGAACCUCAACGUUUGGCUGAUGAAGUGUGUUCAGCUUUACACAGUGGAAUAAAGCCAGAAGGUGUUGCUGUCAUUCUCCAGUGUUUGCACAUUCACUUCCCAACAAUUGAAUCUCCCUUUCUCGAUCCAAAUGAGCAUGGAUGGGCGAAGGUGUUGGUUUCUUCGGGUUCAGGUGUUUUUGAGAAUGAGAAGGCAGAUGUGUGGAGUGAUUUUUUGAGUCUUCUAAAAUUCAAGGGCGUACAUAUGCAGAAAACUUUCCAGAAAGAGUUGCCCAACCAACAUUGGUGUCCUUCCAAGUAUUCAACUGCUAAAAUAUCCUCCAUAAUAGGCUCUUCCAACCUGGGAAUGAUUUCUGCAGUAGCUUCAAUUCUCAGGUUGUUGGGUGAAGAUCCAUUGAGGAAAGAACUUGCAGGAACUCCAAAUCGUUUUGUGAAGUGGUUGAUGAACUUUAAAAAUUAUAAUUUGGAGAUGAAGUUACAUCGCAGUGGCAACAGUAAAAUAAAUUCUUUUAGAUCAAUUUGCAGUGAAGAACAAAUGCACUCUGAGUUAAAUUUGUCAUUUUGGUCACAGUGUGAGCAUCAUCUACUUCCCUUUCAUGGUGUGGUGCAUAUAGGAUACUUCUGUGCUGAAGCAGCCGAUCAAAUUGGGAAAUCCACCCUGCAGUCAAUAGUACAUUUCCAUAGUUUCAAGCUCCAAGUGCAGGAAAGGCUCACCAGGCAGAUCGCUGAGACUGUUUCAUCUUUGUUAGGUGGAGAUGUAAUGGUAGCAGUGGAGGCUAUCCAUACCUGCAUGAUCUCUAGAGGGAUUGAGAAGAUUAGGAGUAGUACAGCUACAAUUGCUGUCCUGGGUCGAUUCUCUUCUGACCCUGCUGCAAGGGCAAUGUUUUUACAGAGCAUUCCAAAUCAUUCUACUACUGAACUAUGACAAUUCAUCCAAUUCCUAUACGAAUAAAUUUUAUCCAAUUUUUAAUCUUUUUUUUUUUUCCCUCUUGUACCCUCUCUUUUGUGGUUCUUUGGCUGUCUGCUGUGGUGGGGGCAGAGCAGGGAUAAAUCCUUGGGCAGAUCAUUCAUGGAUAACUUGAAGACCAUUACAUCUUUGCUAGAAUUAGGUUGGGUAGUUCCAUUUGCAAUGGAAAUUGCAUUGUCACAGAGUACUCAACAAAAAUUUGUUUGUUCUUUUUGGCCUUGCAUUCACUGUCUGUAACAUAAACUUCUUAAGAGAAUACUGGAAGAGCGUGCCAUUUUUUCCCAA